AUGGUUGUCAAUAAUAUACUUCCCAGUUUACCAAAAUCGUCUCUUUACCCACUAUUUACCAGACUGAAAGGUCAAUGUAAUCGAGCCAUUGGUGCUAAAAUAGAAGAUGCUAUUCAGACUGGCUUGAUCAAGGAUGAUGCAUCUAACACAGCUGCAAGAUAUAAGAUGAAUUUAAGUAAUUCCUAUACUUCAUUGCUCGAAGGUCUAGAUAGCAUAAAAGAAAGAAGAUAUGGCUUCGCAAGAGACAUGAUAUGUUUGAGAAGGGAUAAGUGUAUGAGGGUCGAUGUAAUUGAGUCGCCAACAUUCCAACUGUGCGAGAGGUGUACGAAGAUACUAGAUAUCUCAUCUCAUCCAAUUGGAUUGAAGCAAGGAGAAUACAAAUAG